AUGCAGGGUUUGUCCACAAAAGCACCACAAGUUGGUGGCAGGGAUUCUCCGUUACCUCAAAAGAAAAGCACCCCAAUUCCAUUGCAGCUUCCAGAACAGACGACAUACUUCACCCAUCGGACCGUCACACCGGUGCUGCCUACGACUUCCAUGUCCUCUGAACUCUUCUCGCCCAUGUCCAGCCACUUCCUGGCACCUUUGGAUUACGAGGCUGUUUUUUCAGGGCAGCAAAGUCUGAAGGUGUCUGAAUCUUCGUUAAGUGGUCAACCUCAAUCCAAUCAAUCCACGAGUAGCGCAGUUAAUGCAAAAGCUACUGAGCAGUUCGAAUUUUCUCCCGACUUUAACCGAGUUCUUGCAGAGUUUGACAAGACGGUGUAUGAAUUUGAAUCACCGAAAAGGAAACCACAGAAGGCUUCUUCCCAAAUGUCGGAUUCAGACUCUGAGUUCUUUGAUUGUAAACAAGCCUUGUCUGACUUGUCUGAGCCUGAGCCUGAGGAGACUAAAGCAGAACAAGAAGUUGCCUAUCACAUUUCUGAACCGCCGUCUCCGAUGCCUGGGAGCUAUCUGGACACACAUCACUCCCUACAUCCAGAAAGCUACAAACGCUUUUCCUCUGGCGGAUCGCACACUGGCCGACCCAGGUGUGAGGAGCUGCCCCCUAGAGGCCAGGCAGGGUAUUAUGACGAUGACGAUGACCUUGGAAGGGAGAUAGCAGAGGAGCUAGGGGCUCUGUCUGAUAGUUCAGAAGAAGAGAUUCUGACCACCAGAGUGGUCCGACGAAGAGUAAUCAUUCAGGCGGACACGUUACCAGACAUCCCACAGCAGACGGUGACUGAGGAGAAGUACACAGACGAGCACGGGAACUUGGUGGUCAAGAAGAUUACGCGGAAGGUGGUUCGAAAGUACGUGUCUCCAGACGGAUUGGAGACUCAGGAAGUGACGAUCGAGGGGUCGAAGCAGGACAUGGUGCGGAUAGAGGAAGGAGACACGGUUUCCAGAGUGGUUAAGAGGACAGUCCUGCACAGCGAAGGGGAACAGAAAGAGCUGAGCUUCUCUGAGCCUCUCGCUCCCGCCGCAGCCUCAGCGUCGGAGUUCGAGGUGGAGAAGGUUCAGGGUCGAAAGGUCAGUAAAGUGGUGAAGACGACGGUGGUGCGAGGGGAGCGUCUGGAGAAGAAGAGCGGAGAGUCCUCACUGGCCGCAGACCUGCCCUCGGCCAGAGAAGACUUUGAGAAGGCGUUGGUCUAUGCGGGGGGCUUUGGGAAAGUGCAGAUCCCUCAUGUUAUAGAGAGGGAGGUGGUUCAAGAGGACGGAUCAGUGGUCAGAAGAAGCCAAAUGCGUAAAGCGCGCACCCAGAAGAGGACCGUGGUGAGAGACGGCCGCGGCAAACAGAUCCACCUGGUGCGAGAGGACGACACCCCCCAGGCCCUGCACCCGGACCUCCUGCAGCAGCACCUCCACAGACUGCUCCAGCAAUACUGCACCGACCAGGACCCAGGACCCGGACCUGGACCUGGACCCAAGCCGGAGAGCCAGUCCGAGCGCGAGGACGAAUUCAGCUCGGAGUGA